AUGUCAAGUGUUGGCGAUUUGGGCAGUGGAGCAGGAAAGGGAGGUGGUGCAGGAGGUGCAGUCCGUGAGGGUGGUGGAGCUUUGGGAAGAUCUGGAGCAGCAAAAGAGGAGCAGUAUUUUCAUGAGCAAAAUGAAAAACAGUUAAAAGAACUUGGCAAAAAAGUUGAGCAGCAAACUGCAAAAGACGUUUUAAAACAGCUGGGUGAUUAUGACGCUGUUAGCAAGCAGGAAUGA